AAAGUCGUCCACAGUGACGUUCUUCCGGUGUCAUGUCAGCUUCCUGUUGAAACCACAUGGCUAACGACUGUCGCCGCGUUUAGAACCUCUAUUUUUUUGCAACUUUGCGCUUCCGGAGGACAACUCUUAAUGCAACAGGACACCGAGAGAUGGCAGAAGUUGUGCAAGAGAAAAGCAGCGGCUUGAAGUUCGCGGAGCGGCAACUCCUGCGCCAUGGCUGGGAGCACGGUAAAGGACUGGGCCGAGCUGAGAACGGCAUAUCAGAGGCCAUAAAGGUCAAAGUGAAAUGUGACAAAGGAGGGGUUGGUCACAAGGAAGGAGAGCAAUUCACCUUCCACUGGUGGGAUCAUGUCUUCAACAAGGCCUCCUCCAGUCUGCAGGUGGAGUCUGAUCAAAGCGGUAUCAAGUUGAAGAAGAUUGUGGAGGAAGAUGAAGAAGAUAGAAUGAUCUCCAACAAGAAACCACGGAAGGCCGCACUGGCUAAAGCCAAACUUUACGGAUGCUUUGUCAAGUCGGCCACGCUGCUGUCCGGUCAGGAGCAGCCAGAGCCGAAGUCUUCCGACUCAGAUGACAGCAGCAGCUCAGACGAGGACGACGACCAGAGACUGGAUCUCUCCAGCACCACCAACCUUUCUGAUGCCGAUCUGAUGAAGGCUUGUGGUGGACGCACGGCUCACAAAGGAGCCAGACAUGGUUUGACCAUGAGCGCCAAGUUAGCCCGACUGGAGCAGCAGGAGGCCGAGUUCAUGGCCAAGUACGGCAAGAAGAGCGAACCAUCAAGUGCCUCGCCGGUUUGUGGGAAACCAGCUGCACCGACCGCCAAGUCAGCUGAAGAGAGGCAGGCGGAGACGGCUGAGGACACAGAGAGCAAACAGAUGAAAAAGAAGAAGAGAUCCGCUUGUAGCAUUAAUGAGCUUAAUGGUGGCGAGGUGUCUGAAAGUCCUGAACCAGAUGUUGAACCCAUAAAGAAGAAAAAGAAAAAGAAACCCAAUGGUGACGCUGAGGAAGCGACUGAUGCAGUUUCCACCGAGGGUGCGAUCUGUGUAGAAAACGGUGAAGCAGAUCUUUCUCACAGAACAAAGAAGAAACACAAGAAGAAGAAAAACAACGCCGAGCAGAUUGAAGAAGAAAAAACGCCUUCACCUGCAGCAGAGGCCAGGAGUCCGGAGGAGACAGCUGAGCUGCAUGCAGACACUAAAGUUAAGAGGAAGAAGAAGAAGUCCACCAAACACCACAAUGAGAAAGAGGAGAGUAAUGAUGCAGAAUCCAGCCGAUCAGAGCCUGUUCAGGACAGCGCUCCAAAAAACAAAAAGAGAAAAGCUGCAGUUUUAUCAGAGGAAGCAGAAGUUGCGGAGGAAGAAUCAACAGCAAAGCAGAAAAGGACAAAAUGUAAAAAGUACAAACUGUUGCUAGACGACAAACUAAGUGAGGAGGCACUUCCUCCAAAGAAGAUGAAAAAGAAGUCCAAAGAGUAGCAUCUGAUAAACAUGAACAGAUUUAUCUCGGCUGAUCAGGGAACUAUUUAUGAGCUGAACUUGGACGCCCUCGCACCUCUGGUCUGACCUGCCUGUAAAAUAAUAAAACGCAGCAGUUGUGCCUCUUUUUCCCAAUGAACCUCACUUGUGUUCAAUCAAAUAUAUAAUGCCAUCAGUAUUAAUUGUGAGCUUUUGUAUUUAUAACAGUCUAUUGCAGUUUUCCAAGUGACUGAGAAAAUCAGGUCAGUUUGUAAUUUAUCGCAGUUUAAGGUCGUUGCCGUCUGGUCGUGCAGCCUUUUUAAGAUCGUAGUUGUAAACAACAUGUUAACAAAUUACAUGAAUUAUUCAAUUAAUGCUUUGUAAUGAAGAGUCAGCUCUCAGCUGAUCCCACGCUGAUCCCCACGCUGGGAUAAAUAAUGUAUCUACUAAACUAAACUGAUCCCACCCAAACCAUCUUUUCUAAAUGAAGUCAAGUAGAUGCUUGCUGUACAGUUUAAAGCAGGUUGUCUGUGUCGACCUCUUGAUGGGAAAUAUGCAUUUUUUGGGGAAAAAUUUAAAUGGAAUGUAAAGGAAUCUGUGUAGUUUCUGCAUCAUGGAAAACUCCCCGAGGAACAAUCCGACAACUUUGAUGUAUUUUUGUUACCAAGGAUAAACGAUUGCAAAAAGUUCUUAAUUGAAUCAUGCAAAUGAAACAUGUCAUUUGCAUGAUUCAAUCUAUGAUUCUUUCGGAUUGAAGAUUUAUUUUAUUCUUUGUGAAUUUAAGCAAUUUAUAUAUAAUAAAAUAUUCCAGCUCAUAGGAAAAAUAAAGAAAAUACUGGAAAUACACUUAGGAGUUGCAUUUUUAAAAAAGGGAAACAAAUUAAUAUACCAAUUAUAUUGACACACUAACCAUGAAUACAAAAGAGGAAAACCUUUUUUCAACCACUCGAUUCCAGUGAAUUUGUAUAAGAACUGUUACUUCCAGUAAAUGCAGGGAGAGAACAAUGGCUGUUUAAAAUAUUCAUAGACCAGGUGACAUGUUCUGGUUUUACUCUGAAAUUGGUCGUUAAAUGAGACCUUGUAGACUAAAUUUAAUAAUUCAGGCUUUUGCUACUUGGACACUACAACCUUGAAUUUCUUUGGUCAAUGUAUAUACCAUGUAUACGUUAUGUAAUUCUAGGCUCACAUUCCAAGUAUCCCGCUGUGCUUUACACUUAACUUCUGCUCACUCGUGGAUCUAUGAACCCAGGAGAUUAAGCCCUUAUUUUCUGUAUUAAAUUAUGUGAAUGAGAAUAUUUGAGACCAUUUCAAUUUAAUGACAUUGCUUGUUGUUCAUAGGAUACAAAACCUCCAUCCAUUUAAACAUCUUUAACAAGUUUAAUCCCAUUUCCAUGACAAAUUCAAAAGGCCAGAUCGAAUUAAUGCUGGGGAUGAAAACAGAUUUCAUGUUUGUCCUUGUUACGAAAUUGGUCUUAAUUAAAUACAAUAUGCUUGA